AUGGAUGUCGUGUUUCUCGAGGUGCUGGUUGUGGCCCUUAUCCCUAAUCCCUGCUGGUACAACAAGCGGCGGGUCGUGGCUUUGGAGAGGAUGGGCCCUCCGAGAGGAGCUUACUUUCCUCCUCACACUUUGUCGACUGAGACUUUCAUCUUUGCAACUAGCCAUAUCAACAGGCCGCUUAUCAUUGCCCGUGCCAAAGCAUCCAUAAGGGGUCAAAUCGCCCUCACCAAUUUUCGAAUGCUUGUCCACUCGGAUCAUUCUUGCGCUCAACAGAUGCGAUCUGACGCCCUCCUCUACCAUAAGAGUUUAAGAUCAGAACACCGUAUACCUUCCUCUAUUAUUCCCCCUCUUCCAGCCCUGCAACAACUUUACGCGUACUUGGAGUCGUCCAAUCAUGUUGACCAGCUCACUGCUGCGGACUGGAACUCAUUCAUCUUUUGGCUGUCUCACCACGAGGAUUAUCGGACACUGAGCGUCGUUCACAGGGCUAUGCUUAGCGAUAUUGAGCUGGGCAGCAAAUGCAGUACGCCAACGUAUAUCCGUCUCGCCGAAGGACGUGUGAGAUUGAUGAGCAGUGAGCCGCAUGCAGGAACCACCUCGGAACGUCUUGGAUUAGAGGCAACCUCACAUGGAGUAUCGUCCUCUAUUUCCGACACAACAUUGCAAUCGUCUUCAGGGGUUGUUCAGACCACCAUCGACUGGAUGGAGUCUUUGGACAUCCCUCGUAGCAUGGAUCUGUAUGAACUUUGGCUCAAGUCGGCUUUUCAGGAAAGGAGUUGGCGCAAAGGAAUCGAAGCUUGGGACCGAAUGAUAGCAGAAGGAAAACAGCUGUUUAUUCCCUCCAUCACUAUGAUGGCUUACGCACUACAAUGCCAUCUACAUUCGGGAAACAUGUCAAAGGCAGGGAAUCUACUUGAGUCGAUUUUGGAGCGAAGUGCAGCGAUCCAACAGCGACAGAAUGAUAAUAAAGUCGUGGAAGGCAGCAUCUCGGCAAGCAUAGGCCGUGGCAGUGGAGAAGGCGAAUUGGAGGUAGGCGCAGUCGAUGAGCGUUCAGAGUUUCCGAAGCGCCAAAAGAAGAGUCUCAGGGCACCCACAGCAUUACAGCACACAUCUGAGGCCACCAUGAAGUCCAACUCGGCCAAUACUGAUUCAUCAAGUGCCGGCUAUCUGCAGGAAUGGAAGAUGACCUUCAACCCCGCAUUGAUUGAGGCCAUCUGUCUUGGCGAUAAGGAUAAGGAUGGGGUUACACUUGCCACGGAGCUGGCUCUGGAACUGUUCAAGGAAGGACAUCUGCUGGACAAGACACGAUUUCGGUUUUUGACGCGGUACAUUGCCGAGUGCAGAUCCUCCGAGGAUGCAGAAGCUUUUUUGAGGCGCUUGGUCGAGUUGACAAAAUCGGCCUCAUUAGCUGCCCCGCUCACUGCGCCAACAAAUAACGAACAGGAUUCGGCUGCAACAUCAUCGUCCCCAAAAGGUUCACGCAGGACAAAAAAGACUAUCGAUUCAACCUCUCGAAUUCUUGCGGAAGUUGGGCUUCAGGAGAUCGUCAAGCAGGCUAGCACCGAGAGGGAUUUUGACCGCGCCCGGAAGAUCUCUCAAGGAAUGGCUAGUCAAGGAAUCCCACUCGGAGCUGAAGCCUCAGAGAGAUUGAUAGUGGGGUUGGCCAGGAGCCAUGAUGUUCGUUCGGCCUUGACAGUACUGGAGCAGUCUUUACAGGACAAGUGGAUACCUUCAAUCGAAACUGCCAACAUCCUAAUGCGAGGUUUGAUCAGGGACAACAUGCUGGAUGAAUCCGUAGCGGUGUUUCGGGACCUGACGGAGAACCACGGCCUCAAGCCCGAUGUGGAGAUGUAUCGCAACUUGAUGAGCCUGGCUUCCUCGUACGGACAGUUGACGAUGACUCAAAGGAUUCUGUCCACCCUAAGGGGCUUGGGAGUCAGACGUGAUGGGGAACAGUAUGAAGAUCUUAUGCGCUGCUAUGUUCGCACGGAGAAUCUGCAAGGGGCAAUCAAGAUAUUCGAGACCAUGGACCGUGCCGGCGUCAAGACUGAAAUCAGGCAUAUCAACGUCUUGCUCGAAGGAGCUGUUCGUCGUACCUCACCGGCCACCGUGGUGGGCAUAUUGGAAAUCAUGUCGUCGCAGCGAGUCCAUCCGAAUGCAGAAACAUGGAACAUUCUUCUGAGCGGUGCGUUCCGUGCCAGAGACGUAUUGCUGGCGCAGGAACUGUAUCACGAACUAACCCACUCGGUCGUGGAGGGCGCCAUGGACAAGGCAGAUGGAUCGUUGCGGGCCUCUCGUCAUCCUGAGACCUUUCGACUUUUGGUCAAUGAAUACGCGGAUCGUCAUGGAGUGGAGCCGGCGCUCAAACUGUUGAAGGGUGCUCUGGAUGCCGCCUAUCCCAGCCGAGUCGCUCCCAGCAUGUAUCGCGAGCUGAUCGAGAAGAGCUGCAAGCAACGCCAGGGUGUUGCUGGAUAUGAGUUUUAUCAGCUUUUGCGGCGAUGCAACCUCAACGACAACGGCACUCCCCCUGAACUUGAUAACCACGGGGACAAAAGCGGCUCUGGAUUGUCGUAUGCCCGAGGCGCAACCAUGUCCUCGACUUCGGUCCCAGCUAUCACUUCAUCGUCUCCAUCGGUGAUGGCCCCGUCGCUGGCCAAACUCUGCAGGCAAUUGAUGACGCAAUUGGAUCGGGAAAAUCAGCUCGAGCUCGGAAAGGAGAUGGCGACGGACCUUAUUCUCACGGGUUUUGAUAUGGACGAGGAUUUAGUGGCGGCAGCGAUCAGGGCGUAUGCGAGAUCGGACGAGUUGGCAGCUGCUUUUGGGCUGUUCACGAAGAUGGGACGUGUAUAUAAUGUCGAGCCCUCGGCGGAGAUGGUCCUGGUGUUGAUGGAGGCUUCGAAGGCACAUGGGCUUUCGCCGACAUCCGUGCUUACUCCUACAGCAGCACCGACAGCGAAUUUGAGGGCAUCUUCGAGAGCAACAGCGGCAUCUUCUGUGAAGUGGGACGAGGGUUCGACUCAACAGUGGAUGAAGGCAUUGAGAGUGUCGAUGGAGAAGUUUGGAAUAUUGGAUGAUACAAUAUAA